AUGUCCAAGAUGCAUCUUCUUACUUUGGCCGCCCUGGUAUCAGGAAGCUUGGCUUCUGCCAUUCCGUCCCUCAACCCCUUUGCAGUUGCGGUUGCACCAGAGCAGAGACGUCAGGAACUUGUAUCCGUUGACGUUGGGACUUGUGACAGCUAUGUCACCGUCACGGUGACUCCCGAUGUUGUAACUGCCACCAACACCGAGUUCGCCACGACCACGGCCGAGACUGUUCAGACUACGGACAUUGUGACUGUGGACACUACUCAGGAUGUGACGGAAACGGCAACCAUCACCGAGUUUGAGACGUCCUCGGUCACGGAGACGGUGACGGCAGCGACUGUGACCGAGACCCAGACUGUCUAUCAGCGCAAGAAGAAGCGCGGCUGUGGCCUCAAGCACCCCACGGUCGAGACGUCGGCAUACCCGGCGCAGUCUGCUUCUUACAGCCAGCCUGCAUCUUCAUCGGCAAGCUACCCUGCUUCAUCCAGUGCACCGGCUUCUUCAUCUUCGGCAUCGGCUUCCGUGUCUGCUUCUUCCUCUGAGUCUGCCUCUUUGCCCGUCUCGACUUCUUCCGAGUCGUCCACCAUCUCUUCUUCCGAGUCAUCUUCCACUGUAGAAUCCUCUACAUCGUCAGUCUCCUCGACGACUCCAGUCAUUUGCACCGCGACGGUUACCCUGGAGGCCGAAGUCACUACCACCACGGUUACCGUCACUUCGAGCGAAACAGCCACGAAUGUGGAGACGGUUACCUCGACCAUUGUUGACACCAUCACCACCACAGUCAGCACCACCGAGGUCAUCACCACCAUUGUUCCCACCACCGUCGCCGUGACUGCCACCGCCAGCGAGACCGUCACGCUCCCUAGCCCCACUCCCACCAUUGUCUUGCAGGCAACCAGCGGCACCGCGUCUGGCCAGUACCUCUACCUCAUCAGCUCGGGCUCCAGCUACAGCUACCUGGGCUUCACCUCGUCCCUGUCGAGCGCCACGUCCUUUUACCUCGACGGCAACAAGGCGCUCGUGCCGACGAGCCACACCAACUGGGUGGGCCUCUACGCGCCGGGCACCGUGGAUUCCUACAUCAUUGAGUCGACCAACACGUUUGGGCAGGGAGGCAUCGCCAUGAUUUGCCAGUUUGGCGGCUCCGCCGUCCAGGUCGGCCAGUCGGGCAGCUUUACGUGCCCCAAUGAUGGCAACUCGAACAAUUUCUGGUACACGGGUGGCCAGCUUGGUGUGGCCGCUUCGAGCACCACCAAGACCCUUGUUACUCUCAACUACGCUGUCGUCGGUGUCAACUAG